AUGACCAACCCCUUCCGCUGCCUGCUUUGCAGGCCCCGUCCUAAAGAAAAGAAGGAUGUUACGAAAACUCAAAGCCCAGCGCAAGGCCCCCGAGAAUUCAUCAACCCCAACCCGUUCGAGUCAGAGGCUGCCUUCGAGGCCGUAAAAGCGCACAUGGCGAACGUCGGCCGGGACCACCCCGAGAGAUUCAAGGCGGUAGUACGACUCGGCGCCUUCGAAGCAGCUCGACAUUGGCUAGAGGUCAAUUACCCACCUCCCCACAUAAUCGAAACCCUCGGUCUUUGUCCCGUGCCAAUCCCUCUCGACAACAAAAAGAUCCAAGAUGUGCGGCCUGGUGACGCGAUUAUUCCUACGUCCGAUACUCAGGUUUAUAUGGUCGUUGGCCAAAGGGAAGACGGCGAUGUCGGUGUUGUCGCAAUGAAGAUGGUUGUUGUUCCGCCGUUUGACGCAAAUAGUGAAGGGGGAUUAAGCAUGCCUAAAGCUGGGCAGUAUGCGGACACUCCGGAGAUGAAGACAGCUGAGAAUGCAUUUUUGAUGUUUUUGAGGGGAGCGUAUGAGAUGGAGCAGCUGAAGAGUGGUUGCACUGCGAUUAUUGCUAUGGGGGUAGAUAUGAGCAUCAUCGAAUUCACGCCAGCAGAGGGUAUGGAGGAGUUCCCCGAUGGUAUAGAUGCUGUGAUGAGGAAGGUGCUGGGGCUAGGUGAGGAGGAGAGCGCGGCUGUUAGGAAGAGAAUCAAAGAAAGGAAUGCUAAUUAA